AAGAGUAAGGGGAAGAGAGAACAAAAGCAUAAAAAACACAAGCUUAGCUUGUUCUCUCUACUCGCCUUGCUUGAAAAUAAAAAAGAAAUUCCAAUUAAAAUAUCUAUAUAUAUAUAAUAAUAAUAAUGGCAUUUCAAGCAACAAACACGAAGUGCAUGGCUUGUGACAAGACCGUGUAUCUUGUUGAUCGCCUGGCUGCAGACAACAGAGUUUAUCACAAAGCAUGCUUUAGGUGCUACCACUGCAAGGGUACCCUCAAGCUGAGCAACUUCAACUCGUUUGAGGGGGUUCUAUACUGCAGGCCACACUUUGAUCAGCUGUUCAAGAGAACAGGCAGCCUGGACAAGAGCUUUGAAGGGAUCCCCAGAGUGGCGAGGCCGGAGAAAGGCGGCGAGGAGAUCAGGUUUGGGAAAGUGGUGUCGAGCCACUUCGUGGGGACCACCGACAAAUGCGUCACGUGCACCCUCACGGUUUAUCCGACCGAGAAGAUCAGCGUGAACGGGACGGCGUACCACAAGGCCUGCUUCAAGUGCAGCUACGCGGGCUGCACGAUUAGCCCUUCCAAUUACAUUGCCUACGAGGGGAGGCUCUACUGCAAGCAUCACCAUAUCCAGCUCUUCAAGGAGAAGGGGAAUUAUAGCCAGCUCCACUCCGAAGGUAGUGGCAAUUUUAGUGCCGGCAGUGAUAGCGAGACCUCCGCCGCCGCUCCCAUCCUAGACCCGGAAAUCAUCGCCGCCGCGGCUGCGGCGGCGGCGGCCGAGUGAUCGUCCGAUUUUUUAUUAUCCGUCCCGGUCGGAGGGAGGGAGGGAGGGAGGGAGCUCAGCUUUUUUUAUGCGCGCAAAUGAUAUGAUGAGCUGAUGGAGGUUUCAUUAUUUGGCUUUUGUCUUUCUUGUUUUUUUGCUUAGUACGUGAAAGAAGGACUGACUGAAAGCACCUUGCUUGUGCCACAACUUUUUUUUUUUCUUUCUACAUAAUAUACACAUUAUUUUUGCCAGCUUA